AUGCCAGAAACAGACGACUUAACCCCUCCAUUUGAAAAGACCUACUACUACGACGGAAGGAAGGAUAGACUAAUGGUAACCGCUAUGCACAGCGAUAGCAUAGACGCACUGAAAGACUUCGAAGUUAGAGACGAUGAUGUGUAUGUUGUAACUUACCCGAAAGCAGGUACGACAUUCAUUCUCGAGAUCGUGGAUGCUAUUAUGCAUAGGGGAAACAUCGACGAAAUCAAAGGAAAAAAGAUGACGGAUAAACUUAAUCUGAUCGAAAUAGGCCCGGCACCAGGCAUCGAAAUCGCUACGUAUAAAAAGUUGUCAACGUGGAAGUCACCUCGACAAAUCCAGACUCAUCUGCCAGUUGAUUUGAUGCCACCGCAAGUGUUCACCAAAAAACCUAGGAUUAUCCUUGUAUCAAGGAAUCCCAGAGACUGUUGCAAAUCUCUCCAUGGAUGGCAUGCGACUACAAACUUUUUAGAGCCAUGCGACUGGGACUAUUUGGUUGAUCGUUUUGUAGAAGGCCAGGUUAUCUUUGGAUGCUGGUUCGAACACCUGGCAGACUGGCUUAAGCUGAGCGGCAGGGACAACUUCCUACAUUUGAAGUACGAAGACAUCAAAGAGGAUCGCCAAGGUGCAUCGGAGACUGUUGCUAAGUUCCUUGGGUACGACCUGGCGCCUGAAGAGAUGAAGAGAGUCGUAGAACAUACCGAUUUUAAUAACAUGAAAGAAUAUAUGAAAACAGUAACAGAACGUGAGGUGUUCCUGCGUGAAAAUAGGCAUUGGCAACGCAAAGGAAUUGUGGGCGACUGGAAGUCACAUUUCACAGUUGCCCAAGAUGAAAAAUUCAAGGAAUGGGAGCAGCGUAAAUGUAAGGAGUAUGGAAUUGAUUUCACUCAAUACUACACCAAGACACCUAAUAAAUAGAGACUCUCAACUUGGAGAGCCCACUUUAUAGAAGUUACAUGUAAAGUGUGAACAACAUAUCCAUUCAAAUAUCGAUGAUUACUAGUCGUACUGGUAGAUGCAAGACACAAAACAAACUAGUCGUAUAUUCCCAGCUCUAUUUUAAUGUCUUAAAAUAUAAUGAAACAUUGGGA